UGUUAUGACAAAAAGAAUGUGAAACAUUUUUUUUCAGAUAAUAUGUCCAGUGCUGGGCCUCCUGGUUCUAUGGUACGGAAAAAAAGUCUCAAGAAAGAGGAUCAAAAUCACACUGCCGAUGAAAUUGAUCCCAACGACGGGAUUGAUGAGAGUGGAUCUAAUGGUGACGCUACUGAUCAUGAUGAUCAUGAUGAGCAAAAUGAUGCCGAUCAUAAAAGUGAAAAAUCAAGUGUACAGAAGAAAAAUAAAAAUCAGAAUGAGCUGAGAAGUUCCUGUGGAAUUUGCGGAGCUCCUGCUGCUGAUCAUCUUCACUACGGAGCUUUCUGCUGCUACAGCUGCAGAGCUUUCUUUCGGCGUUCAG